UCGACAACUCUGCUUCCAGCUCUGCGAAAGAUUACAUCCCCCAAAUAAAUACGGAAUAGCUCUGCAGGUGCCGAGGCUGGGGGCGGCAGGUGGGGACACCGCGCUGUCCCUUGUCCCGCAGCGGGCGGGCACCGGGAGGAAGGAGAGGAGGAGGAGGAGGAGCAGAGGAGGAGUCAGUGCCGCCUGUCCAGCAGCGCUCCCGGCUCGGGCAGAGCAGGUGAAGGGGCCGCCGGCCAUGGAGGGGCUGAGGCAGCGCUGCCCGCUGCCCCCCGCUGCCCAGGGCUGCCCCCGGCCCGGCCGCGGCGCCGCGCUGCUGGUGCUGACCCUGCUGGUGCUGAUGUACCCCCUGCUCCAGGGCCUGGCUCUGCGGCUGCACUCGGCUCUCACGGGCAGCUCCAUCCCGGGGACUCACUCCAUCGCCCUCAUCGCCUGCCUCAACGAGCACGUGGCCAGGGACAUCGCCAGGGCCAUCAUGGAUAAGAAACUGGCUGCCUACGUGAACAUCCUGCCCAAGAGCUCGGCCUUGUAUUUCUGGAAAGGGGAACUGGAAGAAUCCACUGAAGUACUGCUGCUGGUGAAAACGAGGACGUCCAAAAUAGGGGAAUUGUCCAACUACGUCAGAUCCAUCCAUCCCUUUGAAAUCCCCGGCAUCAUCAGCCUGCCUAUCGACCAAGGAAACCCGCUCUACCUCCAAUGGAUCGCGGAGAACGUCCCGCGGGACUGACAAGCGCUGAGCGCAGCUCGUUUUUGGGGAGACCGGGACCCUGCUGAGCCGCGCCCGAGCCGCCUUUUACCUUCUCGGGUUUGCUGCGACACAGGAGCUUGGGAGUGGGAAACCUCCCCUCCCCGGCCUGCCCCGGGAGCUGCAGGCUGAGCUGGGGAUGAGGAUACGCGGAGAUGCUCCUGUCGCGACACUCGGGGCUGCCUCGGGCUGUCAGCAGCGAAUUCCAGCAGGGAGCGGUGGCCGGGCAGUGCCGUGUGUCCCACAGGCAGCUCUGCAUCCUGCCUGGCCCCCGCAUCCCUGCAGGAUGUGGCCGGGCACCCCCCGCCUCCCCUGGAGCCCUGCCGAGUCCCAGGGAGCAGAAAAGAGCAGCAAACGCCGCGAGGAUUCAGCAGGAGCCACCAGCAGCAGAUUCUGGCCUGUCACUAAGAGCUGGGGGACAUCCACGGCCAGCUCAGGGAACCCAAGUGCCACAGGACCACGGCACUGCCCUGGCCCUGCAUCCCACCCCCACCUGAGCAGAGGCUUUCUGCCCAGCCAAGCUGAACCUUGUAAAAAAGAUCCUUAUGUUAAAGGUUUAUAGGAUAUACCUUCUGGAACGUUUUUGUGUUAUUUAUGUGACUGGGAAGAGA